GUGGUUACACUGUAUUGGCAACUAAAUCGAUUUCUUCAUUAUUAACGCUGACAUUUAUCUCAAUGUUUACAUACCCAAUAACCUACUUAUUGUUUUUUGUAUUGUUAAGUACGGCUGUACUUCAGAUUAAAUAUCUUAACAAAUCAUUAAGCCAAUUUGAUUCAACGGAAGUAAUUCCAACACAAUUUGUUCUCUUCACAAUAUCAGCAAUUAUUGGCAGCGCUGUUUUAUAUAAUGAUUUUGCUGAUAUGGAUUUUUGGAGAUGUACUGGUUUCUUGGUUGGAUGUUUGUUAACAUUUUUGGGGGUUUUUUUUAUAACCUCAAAUAGAAACAAAACUCGUGGCUACACUCUGAUUUCAACGAAUCCAACCCAGACACCAAAUCCAAUCUCUGCAAUUACAGAUGAUGAUGGCGUAUAUAAUUCACCUAUUGACUUUGAUGGACACUUUUCAUUCAAUACCCAUCGACCAAUUUCCAGCUCUACACCUCGUAGACAUACACUAAACGAAUCUAUAGAUAUUGCCACCCCGCUUUUACAUGGUGAGUUAUAUCCGGCAAAUUAUUCUCACUCAAGAAGCGAUAGUAUUUUCAAAUCGUUGGUUGAUGUGUCUGCCACAACGAUCACUGGGGUUGGUCAAGCGUUAAAUUCUGUUGGUGCUCGCCACUCACAUGCCUUGGGAUUAGAAUUAUUUUAA